UCAAAGAUAAAGAGAAAAUUUCUGCCGAGAUGGAAGAACAUUUGAAAAGUGCCGUUGAGGAGCUGUCAUGGGUGGUCAGAGAGGAAGAAGGGCUGAGCAGCAGCGUGCGAGACCCUUUACAUCUUGUCCACGAGGCCGUAGUUUCACCAGAGCAAGGUGUUUCAGUGAAAGAUGCAGAAGUCAGACUGUUAAACCAGGAAAAGCGAGAGUGUGUUGAGGAGUCCCAAGAACAUCCCCUAAAGGAGGUUUCUGAGCUGCCUCAGGAUCCGAAGCGGGAGCCUGGGCUGGGGAUCACUGAGGUGAAACGGGCUUGUGCAGACAUCGUGGAUGGGACAUACAGGAAAGCAGGUGGGCCCACAAGAGCGGGAACCCUUCCACUUAGAGGCCCGAGAGACAGGGAGCCACAGAGCCUCAGUGGAGUUAAUGCCAAUUUAAACGAUCAACUCCGUGAGUUGGAUCUUCAUCAAAAUGGCUCGUGUGCAACACCAGAGAGCCAGACGGCAGCUUUUCAGGAGGAAGGAGAUGAGACUGAGUGGGUGGAGGAAGCUGUGCUGGAGGAUCUUAAAAGGAAGUUUUCACCUGCAGAGAAACACUUGGAGAAAGCUUGGGACUCCGAGGGUGAUGAGCAAAAUGGGGGUGAGGAAAUGCAAAAACUCAGCUCCCGUGUGCAAGGAGUGAAUGGGGAGCUGCUCCAAGAAUCUGAAAAGAGCAGAAACCUCCAGCUGGAGGAUGUCGGGGAAAUCACUUCCCGUGAGCAGGAGAGAGCCUUGCAAGGUGCCUUUGGUGCCCAGAAAGCUGAACCGGAGAGGCUGCGUAGUAAGGUAGGCCUUCAGUCGGGAGAGCCUCCCUGCCAUGAGUUGGAAUAUCAAAAUGUUCUCAAAAGGUUCAGUUUGGAAUCUGAAGAAAACCGAUGUUUAAAAUUUGACAUGAGUGAGGAGGACGAAACGAUUGAAGAUGGCCCCCUUGGUGGGGAAGCGCCAGUGGAGGGAGUGAUGUUAGAGGUAGUCACUGGUGACUUGAUGGAAAAGUACCUGGUCUGCAGCGAACAAGAUCAUUUGAGUGUCUCUGAGACACCCGAGUAUUUUGACAUAGAAACUGCUUUUCAGAGUAAAUCCGAGAGAGGGAGUCUGGGCUUCGUAUCAGACGAGCUAAUCAUCGGCUUUGAUGAAAAAAUGGAUUCCGGUGACUUGUCAGAAGGAUUGUUUGCUGACCCGGUGACAGACGUGCAGUACGGCAGGGGCUUCUCUCGUGGAGACUUAUGGGAGUUGAUGGACAAAGAUAAGGUUUACUUGGGAGAGCGGUGUGGGAAGUUAAAUCAGCUACCUAUAGAAAAGAAGAUGGCCCUCAAGAAUUUCUCUCAGGAGAUUGAAAAGGCUGAGGAGACAUGGUGGGAGGGGGGCCACAGCCUCCCAAUCGAACUGAACCAGGAGGGGGAAAGCUCAUUUUCUUGUGCUGAGAUUGUGCCAAGGCUGGAGGAAGAAGCUGAAAAUCCAACGGGAGCUGUGGCUGCAGCUGGCGGCGUCCCACAUUCACAAGGCCCAUCUUCAGCGUCUGCUCAGGGUCUUCUCUGGCCUGGGAUGGUCGAGAUCUGCCCUGUGGAAGUGGAGAGGGGAGCAGGAGAGAGGACUUCCGACUCGGCGCAUCUGCACAGUCAGGAGGAGGACAGGCUGCAGGGCCAGCUGGAUGCCCACCAAGGCAGAAGCCAAAGAUCUGCCGGGCGCCUGGGUCAGAAAACCACUCUAGAGGAGGCUCUGCUGCAGGAGGUGGAGACCCUGAAGGCCGAGAUCGCUACUAAGGAAAGUCUGUUUACCCAAAUUGUCAAAGAAAAAAAUAAUUUGGAAAAAAUGUUUUCUAAAGAUAGAGAAAAUCUUGAGGAAAACAUAUUCGAACUGACUGAGAAAAUUAAAUGCUUGGAAAAAGAACAGCGGUGUGAAAAAAUAGAAUUAGUGGGACGGUCUAAAUUGGCUCCUUCAGAGGGUCAGAAACCUGAUGCUGAAAUAGAGGCAGAAGACUCAGAUAUCAUGCAAGCAGAGAAUAACCCGAUUCCACCAAUGGUUUCCUUGAAAAAUGCUCUAGCAGACCCCCCGUGGCGGCCGCAGGGGGAAGCACAGAAAGCUGCUUGGGCUCUGGAGGACGUCUGGUCGGAGCUGAGCAGCCGCUAUGAGAAGCAGAUGACUCAGUUGAAGCAUCAGCAGGAGGCCGAGAGGGCCCAGCUGAAGCGGGAGCACCAGAAAGAGGUGGAGGCCAUGAGUGAACAGAUGAAGGAAGAGCUGGGCAAGCGGCAGCACAAGUGGGACGAAGAGCGGAAAGAACAGAUUGGCAUGAUUAAGCAGGUAUUCCCGUGACCGGCGCGGUCCUUCCUCUUGUCCGGGAGCCGUCCUCCGGUGGCCACGCCGGCCUGGCCGCCUCGCAGGCGCAGAAUGAGGGGCUGA